AUCUUGCUGAAUAAUCGCUGCUUCACGCUAGCUACUUUCAACGAAUCGUGCCUUGUCAGUGAACAGUGUCCUCGAAACGCAAUAUGCGAUUAUGCGGCAAAAUGCGUUUGCCCUUUUGGAAUGACAGUUGUGAAUGGGAGAUGUCAAGCAUAUGAUCUUCAUGAAUGCCCGGAUAGCGAAGUUAUGUUUGAACUAAAGAAAGAUUUGACCCGGACUUUAUACCUUUUGAUAAAGCUAGCUAUCUCUAUGCAUUUUGGCCUUGUUUUGAUUUGGGCAGAAAAGGUCGGCGAGGCGCAGAAAGGAAGAGCUAUCCAGAACAACCAACAGAAGAAGUAG